CACAGACGCGGCCGGGCUCGGCUGCCCUGCAGCCCGCGAUGCCCUCGGGCUGCCGGGUACGCCGCGGGGCAUGGUGAGCCCUGGGCUGCAGCUCCCUGCGGGGACUCGGCAGGCGGCCUCUCCGCUCCGCCUCAGCCUCCUGCUCCUGCUGCUGGUGCCGCGGGGCACCGGGGCGCAGAAAGGUGAUGGAUGUGGACACACCAUCCUGGGCCCCGAAAGUGGAACUCUUGCUUCAAUAAACUACCCACAGACCUCUCCCAAUAGUACAGUUUGUGAAUGGGAAAUUCGUGUAAAGCCUGGGCAGCGAGUUCAGCUCAAAUUUGGUGAUUUUGAUAUUGAUGACUCAGAUUCAUGUCAUUCCAGUUACUUAAGAGUUCACAAUGGGAUUGGCCCCACCAGGACAGAGAUAGGAAAAUACUGUGGGUUUGGUUUUCAAAUGGAUGGUUUAAUUACUUCAAAAAGUAAUGAAGUCACAGUACAGUUCAUGAGUGGAACACAUACUUCUGGACGUGGAUUUCUUGCAGCUUAUUCAACCACUGAGAAAUCAGACCUAAUUACCUGUCUAGACAAUGCAAGUCACUUUUCCGAACCAGAAUUCAAUAAGUAUUGUCCAGCUGGAUGUGUGAUUCCUUUUGCUGAUAUUUCAGGCACUAUUCCCCACGGAUACAGAGAUUCAUCAUCACUUUGUAUGGCUGGUAUUCAUGCAGGCGUUGUAUCAAAUACUCUGGGUGGCCAAAUUAAUGUUGUAAUCAGCAAGGGCAUUCCAUACUAUGAAGGCUCCCUGGCUAACAAUGUCACCUCAAAAGUGGGACUGUUAUCUACUGGUCUUUUCACAUUCAAGACGAGCGGUUGCUAUGGGACACUGGGGAUGGAAUCUGGAGUAAUCCCUGACUCCCAGAUCACAGCAUCGUCUAUUCUUGAGUGGCCUGACCGAACAGGACAAAUGAACAUCUGGAAACCUGAAAAUGCCAGACUAAAAAGGGUUGGUCCUCCCUGGGCUGCUUUUAUCAGUGAUGAACAUCAGUGGUUGCAGAUUGACUUGAAUAAAGAAAAGAGAAUAACAGGUAUUAUAACUACUGGAUCAACCUUAGCAGAGUACUUUUAUUAUGUCUCUGCGUACAGAAUUCUGUACAGUGAUGAUGCACAGAAAUGGACAGCAUACAGAGAACCUGGCAUGGAUAAAGAUAAGGUAUUUCAAGGGAACACUGAAUUGUACCAGGAAGUUCGCAACAACUUCAUUCCACCCAUUAUUGCACGCUUUUUUAGGAUUAACCCCUUAAAAUGGCACCAGAAAAUUGCAAUGAAAGUAGAACUGCUAGGAUGUCAGUUUAGCAUAGGCCGUGCUCCUAAAAUCACCCUGCCACCUCCACCUCAGAACAAGAAUGAUAACAAAAACAGUGAGAUCAGUGAUGACAUCAUUAAUUCAGUGAAGACUUCGUUGCAGACAGAUAAAACAACUUUCACACCUGAAAUAAAAAACACUACAGUGACUCCAAGUGUAACCAAAGAUGUGGCAUUGGCAGCAGUUCUGGUUCCAGUGCUGGUGAUGGUCUUCACUACUCUGAUUCUUAUCUUAGUUUGUGCGUGGCAUUGGAGAAACCGCAAGAAAAAAACUGAGGGCACUUAUGAUCUACCUUACUGGGAUCGUGCAGGAUGGUGGAAAGGAAUGAAGCAGUUUCUCCCAACAAAGUCAGCAGAACAUGAAGAAACGCCUGUACGCUACAGCAGCAGUGAAAUAAGUCACCUAAGACCAAGAGAAGUCCCAGCGAUACUGCAAACAGAGUCUGCAGAGUAUGCUCAGCCACUGGUAGGGGGACUUGUUGGCACGCUUCAUCAGAGAUCCACCUUUAAACCAGAGGAAGGAAAAGAAGCAAGUUAUGCUGAUUUGGACCCUUACAGUUCACCCAUCCAGGAAGUUUAUCAUGCCUAUGCUGAACCACUACCUAUAACUGGACCAGAAUAUGCAACUCCCAUUAUCAUGGACAUGUCCAGCCAUCCCAACGUACCUCUUGGCAUUCCUUCCAUUUCCACCUUCAAAACUGCAGGGAAUCAAGCUCCUCCACUGGUUGGAACUUGCAAUAAACUCUUAUCUAGGACAGACAGCACAUCCUCAGCACAGGCGCUGUAUGAUACACCCAAGGGGCAACCAGCGCCAGGUACCACUGAUGAAUUGGUGUACCAGGUACCACAGAGUGUGGCCCAUGCCACUGGGAGUAAGGAUGAACUCAGCUCAUGAGUAAGGUAGAAUGAUGGCUUGCUUUUAAAAGCCAAUUCCAUAAAGCUGACAGUUACACUUUUUAAUUGCAUUGUUUUGAUUUUGUUAGUCUUAAUACAAUGCUGAACCAAAAGAUGUGAUACUCAAGGUCAGGAAAGCUGGUAAUCCUGCCUUUCCUGAAGCUGUACGUAUAAUUAAUAGCUUGUCUCCUGUAAAACCAUGGACAGUUUUAUUACUACUGUACAAUUGUCUGUCAGACAUGAGAGAAGAACUCUUCAAGAUUAGCUUCAGUAAUUGAUAGAUGUGAAUGAUAAAUUGGGAGAAACAGUUUAAAGUACAAAAGCCAGUAAUUUCUUGCUAAUGGUACUGUGGAGGGGCGGGGGAGUUGAUGGGACCAAAACCCAAAGCUUCUAACUUUCUAAGAGCUAUAUGUAAGCACUGUAGUGUCUAAAAUUCAUUUUACUUUAUUUAAUGCCUGUAUAACCUUGGACUUCAAAAAUUACUGUCAGGACUGAUGGCAAAAAUCCUGUUAACUUCAUGGCGUAACAGGGGUUUGAUUCUGAAUUAAGUUAUUUCAGCUUUUGUUCACAGGAUUAGGAAUCAUCAACCGCAUGUUCCUCAGAAGGUUCCCACCAUUUUCAUUCACCUUCCAGAACUAGAACCUGCUGCCUCUACAAUCUGUUUUCUGCCUCAUCUCCUUAAGCCCCUCAGUCUUGUUCCUUCCUAGGGAGCCAGGAGACAUAAAACCAUACAAGCAAACUGCAUGGCAACUGCUUUUACAUUUUUCUACUAAGUAAAGGCUACUCUGAAUAGUGUCUGCCUCGAAUUUAGGCUUCCCCGAGGGUCAGUGUGACAGAGGUGUUUGGGGUGACCAAAUUUAUAAAGGUUUCCUCUGUCCCCCAGUCUGCCUGUGCCAGAGUAUGUGUUUCUGUGUGUUAAGAUGUGAGCUUAUAUACAAAGAAAGAUAUGUAUAUAGUUUUGUGAGUGCUUAAGGAAGCACGCAAAUAUUCUAAUGGUGCACAGUUUGUGUUGUCAUACACACAUUUAGCACAUAUGGUAUGUUUUACCGCAACUGAAAAACUUUAGCCUUAGGGCUUGUCUUACGAUUAUUCUUAUUAGAAGUAUAAAAGAUUCCAAAACAUUUACAGAAGAACCAGUACUGUUCCAAAGAGGGUCUGUCCAUUUCAAAAGCAUUACAUGGAAUUUGUAUCCUUCGAAUAUUCUCUGCUAUGAAAAUUUGGGGUCAGUCUUCCAUUUGGGGUAACUAGUUUUAGCUGGGUAAACAUGAAAAGAAAAGAAAACAAUUUGAAUGUUGUAUUUGCCAUUUUUUAUCUUGUUAGAAACAAAGCACAGCUUUUGAACCUAAGUAGUAGGAAAAAACCCACUAUAAAAAUGCUUUAUUUUUAUGGUAACAGCACAGUUGGGAGGAUGCUGAAUUAAUUUAUCAUGCGAAACCCCCGACAUACACAUCAGCCCAGUUUUAUGGACUCAGUGAUUACUCUUCGUUUCUGUACAGUAAUUCAAGUCAGCCUUACUUAACACCCUGGGUCCUUAAAUCAGGUGGAGAAGAAUCAAAUCAAAACUCAGCUACUGUUCAAGAAGGCUGCCACCAUUGUCUUACACCAGUAUGGUAUCCUACCUUAUCACUUAAAGAUUUGGUUGCAUAGAAGCUAUUAUGUAAACUCAGAAAUCCAAAAUGACUUGUUGCCUGUUAUUAACACCUAGAAUGUGUUACUACAUACUCUGUGUUGCCUUAAAGCCUAAUUCUACAAUUCUUUGAUCAUUCUCAUUCAUUGAGAAUUAUUUUCUGUUUGUUUGUUUAGAAUUGGGUGUCUUAAGCCUAAAUGUGAAUGUAAGUAAGGGUGGUAUAUUGGACCCAUUCAUGAAAAAGCAAUUCCUUCCUAGGAAUUUGUAUUUUGAUGAUAGCACAACUUUUUCUGCUUGAUAGUGCUAGUCUGCAGUCUUUCUUUGUCAUCUUGCCUAAACAGGUAAGUAAGUGUUCUUGUCCAUCAGCAGCAACUAUGACUUUGAAAUUAUCUGAGCUGAUUUUAUUUGAAAGGUGUGACAUAUUCCAUUCAAGUUAAGAAAGCAUUGCAUUUUCAAAAUGUACCAGGCUUAGGAACGUUAAUCUACCAUAAAAAUAAAUGGAUGUGUUUAAGUCAGUAAAUAAAUAACGCUCUUGGAUUUAGUAUUUUCUGUAGGCCAGGUACAGUAGAACUGUGGAUAUACUGUAGGCUAAGAUGGUGUCAGAAUUGAACAGUUUAUCUACAGGGGCUUAUUUUAUGAACAACCAUAAUGCAGUUUCAUUAUCUGGGCAGCAUGAGCUGUUAACAGGAAUGGGUGUUCUUAAGAAUUUAAGUCCCUUUUUUGAAAGAAAUUGGUCCCAAGCUUUGCUCCCUGCUGUCAGCUUUGAAAAUGUUACCUGCUAGGGUUAACCAACUUUGACUGUG